AUGCACUUCGAUCGAAAGCUGCCGGGAAGCGGCGCCUGGCGGCCGGGCAAGGAGAGCACGAGGGAAGAGGUGCUGCGCAAAGCGAGAGCGGAGCGCAAGACGCGCGCCAAGGACCGGCAGCGCAGCGAGGCGGCGGAGCUCAUCCAGCGCGUCUGGCGCGGGCAUGUCUGCCGCCGGCGCGUUGCUGCCGAGCGCCUGCGUGACUGGGUGCACCGGUACGGUGCCGUUGUGGGGUCCACAGGUGCCCUGCUGUCCGCGGAAGAGCUAACAGAUGCUGUGCUGCCACCUGUCCUGCUGUCUGUACUGCCACCCCUCUCACAGCUGAUGGGUGCCGUGCGUUCUGUGGGCUCACCUAUAACUGCUGCCCAGCUGGUGGAGCCUGCUGCUGCUCGUGGUGCCCUAGCAUUGGUGCUUCGCAGCCUUGGCACACAAGACCAAAACUCCACAUGCUGGAGUCUGUGCCUGGAUGCCACCAGAAAGGCAAAGUGGCGCAGUCAGUGCCUUCAGCUGGUACUGCUGUGUUGUGGAGUGCUUGGGGCUCAAGGAAGUGGAGGAGACCAGCUGUUGGAGGCUGCAGCAGCCCGCACCCUGCUACUACUAACUGAUGGGCCAAAACAGAAGCAUUUCCAAGACAAUCCUGAUAUCUCUGCACUCCUCAGGGAAAUAACGAGCAUGCUGGCCAACAGCCCUCCGGUGUUUGCUGCAUCUCGCAGACUUGUCUUGAAUUCCGGAGCGAACUCUGCAACAACCAACCCAACAGAUGUAACUUCAAGAGGGCAAGUUCUGGAUUGGACCUUCAGCGUGGCAGUCAAGCUGCUGGAUUCAGAAUGUGCCACAAGCGCUGCAGACCAUUUUGUCAAGUUUGUGCUGAUGGCCCACAACCUGGUGGACAGCUUGAUGUCGAAUGUAAAGCUUGCGCGGGCCACAGCAGUCCUGACGCAGCUAUCGCAGCAUGCGCUGCAACUCCUGCAAACAAUGGAAGCAGCUCCUGAGGGGAUGCCCUUGGACCGACUGCUAGCCUUGUCGAAUCUGACAUCGCUGGUUGUUGGACGCCCUGUGGAGCGAAACCCUGGCAGCCAGAAGGGCAGCAUGCUUGUAAACAGCAGCCUGCUUCUCAGGAAGCCGGAAGAUGUCAAGGCAUAUGCUCAGGCUGUGACCAAGAUUUUGGAGGUGACGACCGAGGAGGCCUUGUCAAAAGGAGUUGGAAAGGGGGAUUGGGCUGGCGUGUCCCGUGGGCUGUCAGUGUUCUCUGACAGGGCACACCUGCUGCAGCUGCUCAAAGCUCUGGAACAGCAGGCGCAGGGUGUGGAGCUGCUGGCAAAAUUGUACUGUUUGUUGUUGCACAGGCUCCCUUUGAUCACUCCAUUCAGCAAGUCGUUCCCAGCUGGCCACCUUCUGAACACUGUGGCCUUUGCCCCCCACUUCCUCCCCAAGCUGUGGCACUGGUUAGCGGUCAACAUUCGUGUGCCCCUGGAGGCACCCCUGGAGGCCACUCGUGGCUGGAUAGUGGAGAGCAUGAAGGCUGGCUACGCUGGUCUGCAGACGAACCACCUGCAUGUACUUGGCCUCUUUUGCCAGGUCUACUCCCACUUGCUCCUUGUUCUCGAUGACAAUGACUUCCACGACCGACAGGAUCCCCUCACAUUGGGACAGAAUAGGGCAAUUGUGGCGACUCUCAACAACUUGGUCUUCUACACAUACUGCCCGAAUGCCUCACAGCAUCAGCCUUCUGUCAGUCGAGGCAACCCCCACUGGUCCAUGAAGUUGCUGGAGGAGUUUGCACCCGUUCUGCUGCGGCGACUGUACGAAAGGGAUGCAAGGAAGUCGUUUUGCAGUGCCUUGCUGUGGCUGGCGCCGUACUCGGCAGUGGGAGAUGACCCAAGCCGUAGAAAUGUGCUGUCAGCUGCAGUGGUGCAGGCCUUGCUGAACAAGACCUCAGGCAGGCUUGAUCCUGUCUCUGUGUCCAGCGCCAGCCGUGCUGUUGGCUUGGCAAAUCUGCUCCUGUGUGCACCUCAGUGUGUUCCAUUUGAUGAUCGUGUUGAGGUAUUCAGGGGUCUCAUCCUUGCAGACAAACAGGCAGGACGAUGGGACCUGUCCAGGGCAGAGGGGGGCCCUGCACCCCACCAGUUGACCGUCAGGCGUGGCAACCUUUUCGGCGAUGCGAUGGUGGACCUCAGCCGACUAGGGCCCAAUAUGAAGGGCCGGCUGAUGGUCACCUUUGUUGAUGAGCAUGGCAUCGAGGAGCCUGGCUUGGACCAUGGGGGUCUCAUGAAAGAGCUUGUGGAGGAGGUCAUGAAAGCGGGCCUUGACCCUCAAGCUGGCCUGUUCAAGGCGAAUGCCGAUGGGCUGCUGUAUCCCAGCCCGCUGGCUGAACGCCUACAACAAGGGCCUCAGAUGAUGAGAUAUCUGGGCCUGAUGCUUGGAAAGGCGCUGUACGAAGGGCUGCUGGUGGACAUCCCCCUUGCCCCGUUCUUUCUUCUCCGACUGCAAGGCCGGAUGCUGAUGUUCGAUGACUUGGCCAGUUUGGACCCUGAGCUGCACAGGAGCUUGCUGCAGGUGAAGCACUACGAUGGGGAUGCAGCUGACCUAUGCCUAGACUUCACUGUCGAGGAUGAAAUUCUUGGCCAAAGAGUGGCUGAGGACCUGCCAGAUUUGACAGGGUCCCACUUGCCGGGAUCAGAACGGCCAGUAACCAAUGACAACAAACUGCAGUAUGUGCAUCUCGUCGCCGACUGGCAUGUGAACGUCAAAGUGGGCCGCCCGGCGCAAACCUUUGCUUCUGGUUUGGCCGAAGUCGUGCCGCUGCCCUGGCUAAGGUUGUUCAGCCCAAAGGAAUUGAACGCGUUGUUGAGCGGUGGAGAGGGCGUCGAUGUCGACGUCGAGAACAUGAAGAGUUUCACAAAGUACAGCGGAGGCUACAGCGAAUCCAGUGCGACAGUGAAGCUCUUCUGGCACGUCAUGUCUGGAUUCACCCCUGAGGAUAGGGCAGCCUUGCUGAAGUUCGUGACGGCCUGCAGCCGGCCACCCCUGGGGGGGUUCAAGCACCUUCAGCCAUGUUUAACGAUCCACAAGGUGGACUGUCCCGCCUCGCCGCUGGCCGCUCUUGGUGGCAAAGACGUCGACUUCCUGCCAACUGCCUCCACAUGUUACAAUAUGCUGAAGCUGCCCAACUACAGGCGAGCGGCGACACUCCGCAAGAAGCUCCUCUACGCCAUCAGGUCCAACACCGGCUUCGGGUUUUCGUGA